UGUCUAUCCCGGGCUACCGAUACUGACACUGUCACUUUCAUUUAUAACGUCAAAGCGGCAAUUUUCCAAUUUUUAUUUGCAUUUUUUUAAAUGUUGUGAAACGAUUUCGGGAAAAAAUUCGCUACGGAUAUUCUUCUAGAGUCUACUAGAAUACAUUUCAACAGUUGUCUUGCGUGGCCAUGUUAUCUUUACUCGGACAGUACUUAUAUAACCUACUAAGAAUUCAUCAGAGAGCAGUUAUACGAAUAUGAUGAUACUCUAUCUGAAAAGAAGGCUCGAGAAUUAGCUGGUAAAUCUGAAGCGGAAUUUACUAUUGAAACUCCAAUAGCAUACAGCGAUCUUGUAAAACGCAUUGUUGAUGAAUUUUCUUUGACUGAACUACAAGACCACCUAAUUUUGGCUCUAAAUUCAGACUGGGUUUGGGAUCAGGAAAUAUUGAAUUUGAAGCCUGCUGACGAGAUAGCUGUGAUACCACCUCUAAGUGGUGGAUAGAUUUUCAACAAAAUGAAUCAUAUCGAUUUGGUUAAGGAGAAGAUUUCUAUAGAUGCUGUGUCAGACCUUGCAAGAACCUCAUCUUGUGGUGCUGUUUCUAUGUUUAUUGGAACCACAAGGGAUAACUUUGAUGGUAAAACUGUGAUAAGACUUGAAUAUGAAGCAUAUGAAUCUAUGGCUAAAAAGAUGAUUGCAGAGAUAUGUCAAGAAAUUAGAGCAAAGUGGCCUUCUGUUGAGAAUAUUAUUGUUAUUCAUAGAUUGGGUGUGGUGCCUGUGAAAGAAGCCAGCAUUGUUAUUGCAAUUUCUUCACCACAUAGAGAAGAUGCCCUAAAAGCUGUUGAGUUUUGUAUCAAUAGCGUGAAAAGGUCUGCUACUGUUUGGAAAAAGGAAAUUUACGCUGAUAACUCUGAAGAAGUUUAGCAUUCGACGAUUAUGUGGAACAACACUGAGCUUACAAAAAUAAACCUCAAAGGACUCACACCACUAUGCAAUGAAAAGAGAAACUAGACAUGGUGACUUAGAUUAAAAAAUAAAACACUGUUCAUAUCACUUAAGUUUUAUUUUUGGAGUAGACAACAAAAACAGCCUCUGUUAUUCCACUUCUUCAUCCUCCUCCACAUCCUCAGGAAAUCCGAUGUCAACCAUAUCUUUUUUAGCCUUUAUUUUUUUGAAAAAAAGGUGGUAAACGGGAGGAAUAAACUGAAGUAGUGAUAGCAUAUCCUUUUUUUUAAAUCCGACACUGGUAAGACAUCUUUGUUCAAGGGUUCACAUUUUAUGGCAUGAAUAGUUGUAGGUCUACCUUUGAUGGCUGGUGUAAUAUUAAUGGAACAUUGGAUAUCCUCGUUGAGAGUUUCUUUGUAAGACUGUCUAAGGAGAAACCCGUUGGAAGCGCAGCCACUGGAUUUUAAGCCAGUUGACUGGUUGACCGUCUGUGUUUUUCUUUCUAUGGGUUAUCAUAUUCUCUAGAUUAGAUGUCGAAAAAAGGUCAUCGCGUUGCUUUUGGUAGACAUGAAAGGCAUGUUUAGAUCUUGCUUUUUUAAUGACACUGUACCAGUUAUCUGGAACAUACAUAAUUUUGUUUUUGGCUUGAAGCUCAAUCUGGCCAAAUCCUCGAUCAUUUGGUAGAUAUGAGUGACCAGACUCCAAAAAUUUGUGGUCCAUAACUUUAAUACUCUUAUUUUCUCCCAUCAAACGAAUCCACAUCAGGCUUGUUUUGAUAUUCCGAUUUUGGCCGGUACAUGAUGAUAUCUCCUGGAAUCCACGAGAAGCUAUGGUUUCGUCCCAACAGUCAUCAGUAGCCAAUUCAUGACAGCCAAAAUUGUAUGUUACACAUAGCAGUUCCGUUUGUAGUAAGCUAGUGAACAAAUCAAUAUAGGAAACGGAAGAGCGUUUGCCAGAUCAAAACUAAAUGUGUACAUUAUAGGGUCCACUACAUCAAGAUCUUUAUCAGCAGACAUGCUUGUCCUGGCUUUUCUGCCUUUCUCAGAUGAAUCUCAUGUUCUAUUCGGUACUGCUGUUUAUCUUCUGGAUCUUCGCAUGCAAAUUUCAUUUUGAAAGUGUCACAUUUGGUACAAGUAUCCUUCCUGGGAGAAUGAAAAUGAAGGUUAAAAUCUUUGUUAAAAAUGUGUCGGUACAUUGCUUCCGAAACUGGUGUCUCACCUUUUUCCGUUCACAUUUGCCAAUACAACUUAAACAUAAGACGAAUAUUAAGAUGAUGGUUCAGAUUUUUUUGUUGGGGUUAUUCUUACGGAUAUAAUGUGACUCAUAGGCAGGAAAAGAAUUUAUAUGGUUUUGAACAAAUUUGCGUCGCUCCUUUGGUGACUUAUUUGCAGCCGGAUGUUUGCCUCGUAGGUCUUCACCGGGUGAACUAUUCCUAUCCUUUUUUAAGGCUCUGGUCAGACGCCCGUCUCAGAUAGCAUAUGUUCGUAAAAAGUACUAUUUGCAGACCUCAUUGCAUUUAGUGGAACACUGAAUGUAAAAUUUGUUUAUGAAACUUCAUGGUACAUUUGAAUUGUAUUGUUGCGUGGCCGCACUCGUUUGAUACUUUAUUGCUUGACCAGACCGCUUAUAAAAGAAUUUUGUGACGAAAAAUGUCCAAUUUGCCAGAAUUUGUUGAACGCCGAACGUCUUUCUUCUUCGGUAAUUUUACUAAAGCAUUUUUUCCUACACUUGCAAUUGACGUUUUCAAACCUUUUCGCUGGUACUAGUUUGUUCCGUGUCGCGGUAUAUCCCAAACCAGCAUUCCGCAUUUCCUUUCGAAUUGCUGCUAUUUGCUUUAGUGGUUCUCUGAAGCGCUUCCGACCAUGCCUUUUUGCUGUCGAAGUAUCUUCGUUUGUCUCAAAAUCUAUGCACACAGUUCUAUUUAGAAGCACAACUUACUCAGAACAAAACUAUAUAGCUUACCUGUUCUCUGUGCUCAUAUUCUCUCCCACUUGCAGAAAAUCAUCAUUCUCGAUACUUCCUUCUGUAUCGUCACUCGUAGCGUCUGAACGUUACUAUUUUCUCCUAAAUAUCUAACCUCAAACCUCUACACUAACAACGUUGCCGGUUAAAAUGGACUUACAGCAUUUUGCCUAUAAAGAUCUAUGAAAUUGCGUUACACUGCAUAUUUUUGUGGUGCCAUCUCUCCCUCAGUUGCUAUGGUAAAUGCACCGUACAAAGACGCCAAUAUAGGGAACUUGUUCAGUAACUCAACGCACAUAUUAACGUAAUUUUGCUGAUAUAUGGCCUUACACCAUGCUGGUUUCCAACGGUUCAAUUGAUGAUUUAUUGAAUAAAGAAUAUAAGAUAACCGUGUUUUUUUAGGUGAUAGCAAACCCAACCCAAAGAAGCGAAAACUGGAAAUUAAACAAAAAGUAGAUACCUCACUUGUACCUCCACAUCUGAUUCAGAUUCGUGCUAAUAAUAAACAACUUAAUGGAAGAAUAGACAAAUUCAUGAUGAGAAAACGCCAAGAAAUAAAUUUGAAUAAUAUAAAGGAAUUUUGCGAUGGGGCUAAGGACCCUGAAUAUAGCUGUGCUAGAAUAGAUGCAGUCUUCCAGAAGAGGAAAGAUUCUAAAAGUCAUUUACUUGGUAAAUAAUAAUAAUAGUACGUUUUAUUCUCCAUUAUAUAACAUAAUAAUGCAUCUUAUGACAAUAUAUACAAACGAAAACCACAAGGCAGAGUUCACCACAUGAAGCUGCUACACAUUACGGUAGAAUGACAGCUGACAGCUGAAUAUCUUGUUAUAUUUAAAAUUUCCCCAUAUCUUUAAAGGACACAUAAUUCUGACGGAUCCUUCAAUGCCAGGUAGACAAAGCCAUAUUUUGUUUUGGCUUUUUGUACGCUAC